UGAAGACGCUCAACGAAGCGAAUGCCACGUUUCCGUGCGGGGCGGUACGGUUUCAUAACCAGUAGGCGACUUUUUAAGCGGCAGUGUGAUCCGACGUAACUACUAAACUUCCCCGCGAUCGACUGACUAUCGAACGGGUCUUGUUUGCAACCGGACUUUAAAAGCAACCCUGAAUGCCUGCAGUCGGUGCAGACUCGCCUGGUUUCUCUCCAUCCUCCUCCGUAGACAGAAGCACAACACGGGAUUCUGGGAAAUGUAGUCCGCUUCAUUGUGACGUCACGAGCGUUCGGGUCGCUUUGCGGACCGCACUUCCGCAUCCCGUCUGCAGACGUCCGUCCUUUCCUAAGUUAGCUGGUGUCGAGUCCUGCUCCCUCGCCCUCGGUCGGAUCUCUGACAUGGAGGAAAUGCUGUCAUUCAGGGAUGUGGCCAUUGAUUUUUCCGCAGAAGAAUGGGAAUGCCUGGACCUUGCUCAGUGGAAUCUGUACAGGGAUGUGAUGUUGGAGAAUUACAGCAACCUCGUGUUCCUUGGUCUUGCCUCCUGUAAGCCAUACCUGGUCACAUUUCUAGAGCAAAGACAAGGGCCUUCAGAUGUGAAGAGACAAGCAGCUACGGCUAUGCACCCAGGGGGAACACCCUAUAAAUGUCAAGAAUUUGACAAGGCCUUUGAUUGGAACUCACUCCUUCUUCAACACCAGAGAAUUCAUCCUGUGGAGAAACCCUACAAAUGUGAAGAAUGUGGCAAGGUCUUUAGUGCUCACUCAGCACUUUCUAUACACCAGAGAAUUCAUACGGGAGAGAAACCCUACAAGUGUGAGGAGUGUGGCAAGGCCUUUAGUACUCGCUCAGCACUUUAUAUACACAAGAAAAUUCAUUCUGGAGAAAAACCCUACAAGUGUGAGGAAUGUGCAAAAGCAUUUUAUUUCCCUUCGUUACUUAAGCAACAUCAAAGAACUCAUUCUGCAGAGAAUCUCUGUAAGUGUGAAGAGUGUGGCAAAGCAUUUUAUUUACCUUCAUUCCUUAAGCAACAUCAAAGAAUUCAUUCUGCAGAAAAUCCUUACAGGUGUGAAGAAUGUGGUAAAGCCUUUUCAUAUCCCUCAACCCUAAAGCAACAUCAAAGAAUUCAUUCUGGAGAGAAACCGUACCGUUGUGAAGAAUGUGGCAAAGCCUUCCGGAGAUCUACAUACUUUCACCAACACCAAAGAAUUCAUACUGGAGAGAAACCUUACCAGUGUGAAGAAUGUGGGAAAACAUUUUACUAUCGUUCAAACCUGAAGGGACAUCAAAUUAUUCACUCUGGGGUGAAACCCUUCAAGUGUGAAGCAUGUGGCAGCAUGUUUAGAACUAGCUCGGACCUUUCAAAGCACCAGAGAAUUCACGCAGAAGUGAAGCUCUACAGUUGUGAGGAAUGUGGAAAAGCCUUUUCUACUCAUUCAUACCUCAUUCGGCACAAAUUAGGCCACUCUAGAGAGAAACCAUACAAAUGUGAAGAAUGUGGCAAAACAUUUUGUUAUCCUUCCAUCCUGAAGGAACAUCAAAGAAUUCAUUCUGGGGUGAAGCCCUACAGCUGUGAAAUAUGUGGCAGUAUGUUUAGAACUCGCUCAGAACUUUCUAAACACCAAAGGAUUCAUGCUGAAGUGAAGCUCUACAAUUGUGAGGAAUGUGGAAAAGCUUUUUCUACUCACUCAUACCUUAUGCGGCAUAGACUUGGUCAUUCUGGAGAGAAACCCUACAAGUGUGAAGAAUGUGGGAAAUCAUAUAGCUACCCUUCGCUCCUUAAGGAACAUCAAAGAAUUCAUUCUCAAAAUCCCUACAAGUGUGAUGUGUGUGGGAAAGUCUUUUGUACUCGCUCAGGACGUUCUAAACACCAGAGAAUUCAUACUGGAGAGAAACCUUACAAGUGUGAAGAAUGUGGAAAAGGCUUUUCUACUCAUUCAUACCUUACUCUACACAAAUUACUCCAUAGUGAAGAGAAACCAUACAAAUGGGAAGAAUGUGGCGAGGUAUUUUAUACUUGCUGAAGACUUACUAAAUAUCAGUAAAUUCACGCUGGAGAGAAACUCCACAGAUGUAAAUAAUGUGUCAAAACAUUACUUCAGGCUUUUUACAACACCAAAAAACUUAAUUCUGAAGAGAAACCUUACCUUUAUUAAUCUUUAAGGUGUCAUUAAACACAAGGUCCUUCCUACUAUAGAGAAAUCCUACAGAUGUGAAGGAUGUGGCAAAAUGUUUUAUUGUACUUCAAACUUUAAGAAACAUCAAAGGGCUCAUUCUCAAGAGAAUCCCUUCAAGUGUGAAGUAUGUGACAAGGUAGUGUGUGGUACCUUGAACUUUGUCUAAGGGAGUGUUUAUUCUGGAGAGAAACUUUACCCGUGUGAAGAAUUUGGAAAAUCCUUUUUAAUUCAUUCAUCCCUGACUCUGCUCAGUCUUGGCAAAGUUCGGGGUGUUUGUUUAUUAGGAUGUGGUCAGACAUGUUGGCUAUGGGAGAAACCACCUUUUUGGACCAGGAUUCUGGAUUGUAUGAAAGGGGAAAGUGAACUGAGAAUAACCAUGCAUCUGUCUUCCUCUGCUUCCUGACUGUUGAGGCGACAAUAGCAGCUGCUUCCGCUACUGCUGCCCAAACUUUCUCCCCAUGAUUCCCAAUGCCGUGGUUAGAAUGAGAAAUGUACCCUGUAGUCUUAGGCGUUUGAACAUUUGUUCCCUAUUUGGGGAGGAUUUGGAGUAGGUCACUAGAGGUGAACUUUGAGAAUCAAAAGCUCCCUCUACCUCCAGUUUGCUCUCUCUCUGCUUCCUGCUUGCCUUUGAGAUGUGAACUCUCAGCUUCCUGCUUCAGCCACCAUGCGGCUUCUUGCCAUGCCCUCCCUCUAUCAUGGACUUUGGUCCCUUCUGAACCAUAAAGUAAAGUCAUUCCUCCAUAAGUUGCAUUGGUCAUAGUGUUUAAUCAUGACAGAAAAGUAACUAAUAAAAACAUUGCCAUUGUACCAUAAGCAAUAUUAAACUGUUCCUUCUGACAUUACUCAUGUAAGGGUAUUUUAUCACAGCAAGAGAAAAAAAAAAUAAGACUGCAAACCAAAGAAAACUAGCAGUUUGUUAUUUAAUGCUAUACACCGUAAUCUUUUGCUCCUGUUUCCCUAUUGUCUUCUUUGUCCCUGUCUGAUUACCUCAUUCUUUCCCAAAAACUGUUUCAUUACUUAUACACACAAUCCACAGAUGUAGUAACUAAAAAUUUACCAUGAUAUUUUUCUUUUCCUGCAGAGUUUUGGUACCACAUGUGGUAUUCAUGUUGGUGCAAAUGUGGUAUUAGUGUUUGUAACACUUUCUUGCUUAAAUUUUUGAUUCUCAGACAGGAUUUCUCUGCGUAGCCCUGGCUAUCCUAGAAUUCACUCUCUAGACCAGGCUGGCCUCUAUCUCACAAAAAUCCACGUGUGUCUGCCUCCAAAGACUGGGAUUAAAGACUGUGCCACCAUUACCUAGCACUGUUCUGGAUUUUUAAUAUUUUCUCAUCAAGUUCAAAUUGAUUUUUCUAUGGGAUGAAAUAUACAGAUCUAUCGCUGCCUAUCUACUUUGGCCACCUCUAAUUGUUAAAAAGGCUGUUAUACUACAUGGUUUUGACAUUUAUGUAUUUUUUUUUAAGUUUGUUGCCAUUACAUUGGUCUAUAUGGGUGUGUUUUUUGUUUUGUUUUAGUAAUUGUGUUCUGUUUCAUUUUGUAUUAGUACUUUGCAGCCCCUUUCACUAUGUCUGUGUUGUAUAGUUUGAGGUUAAGUAAUGUGAUACAUCUGACUAUUCUUUCUGUAUAAAUUGUGUUGUCUGGGGUCUUCUGUGUUCCCAAAUGAGUUUUUUUUUUUUCCUAGCUCUGUGUCCAAUGUCACUGGAAUUUUGCCCUGGAUUUCAUUGGGUGUGCAGAUAGCUUUUAUCAGUAUUGCCAGUCUUUAGAGUGAGCUCUGUCAAUCCAUGAGAUUGUGGUAUCUUUCUGUCAUCUAAUUCUUCUCUGGAAACUGUUUGCAUGUUUUAAAUUUUUGCUAAUAGUACUUCCAGACUUGCCAGGGCUACAUAGUGACAGCUUGUCUCAGAAACAAAACAGAAAGAAAUCUUUCACCACCUUCGUUAAUGUUACCCCUAUAAAUAUUUCCCCCUCCUUCUCAUUUCCUGCUUCUCCUUUUCCUCUUCUUUCUUUCUUCUCCCAUUAUAAAUGGGCAUUGUUUUCUACAAUUUCUUUCUCAGAAAGUCUGUUAGUUGUGUAUAUAAAGGCUAAUGAUUUUUGUAUGUUAACUUUAUAAGCUGCUAUUUGGGGGGAAGUGUCACAUUCAUAAGUUUUUGGCGAUGUAUAUGAGGUCUUUUAAAUAAAGAAACAUGUCAUCUAAAUACA